AGAUUGAUUGAUAGGCAUAAAUGAUAUGAAUAUAUGGAAAAUGGCAAAACAUUUGGUUCAGUUUCAGCCUAUUAUCUUCUCCUUCAAUAGUACUGAAAGGCAACAAAAGGACCUGCAGUUAGAUCUGAAUUGAUUUUUUCACAUAAAAAUGUGAGCAAUAUGGCUCUAACUUUAGUCAGCGAUUUCUUCUCUAACCUGGCGCAUUCUACAGCAUGUAGAGGGUUUCUAAGCAAAUUGCUGUUAUUUGUUAAACUUCUCCCAGAGGAGGAGGGGGGUUGGACAAAUGUUCAUCCCUGUUGGAUCAGAGAUGGGAUCUCCUAAAAUGUUAUCAGCGCCCCUGGACCCGAGAGUUAUAGCCUGUGAGGUAUGUCUCAUACUCGGUGCAUUUUGAAUAGGACACAUGCACUCUGUCUUGCGAUAACGGCUGAAUCCUGGAGCGUUCGUGCCACGCAUGCACCGCUGGAGCGCACGAACCCAGUCGCACCGCCCUCCUGUCCGCCUGCUGCCGGGAGGAGCUGAGGAGAGAGCAGACCGGAGCGCAGCGGUACCUUAGGGAUGUGGCAGCAAUGUUUUAUGCUUAGAAAUAACCUUUGAAAUUGGCAAAGUUUGUCUUUUGCUAGAGCUAAAAGAGAAUAUCAAACCGCGCGUGAGAGAAAAUACAAAUGUCCAUCGGUCGUUAGAGAAAUUUCUUACGGUGCCUGCCCGCCUUCCUGGGCUCUGUCGUAGGAGAUUGCGAAGCGCAUCGGAGCCGGUGUCCGCGCCAGUCUAACCAUCAGAAGACAAGAAAGAGAAACAGAGAGAGAAACAAAGAGGUCGCUGGCUCUGCAGAGCCCCCGCUGACACCUGCCUUCGGUCCACGGUAGAGUCUGCCGGUGUGGAGCCUGGAAGACCCCUGCCACUAUGAUGUGUGAGCACACCCACCAAUAAUGGCCCAUAGGAUACACAGUGAAAAUAUAGCUGAUGAAGACGUGCUCAUGUAUCCCGUCCAUGUCAACCUGCAGACUUUCUCCUACAGACACAUCUGACUUUUACAAGAUCUCAGCAAUACUGUGUAGAGCAUGAGGCUGAUGUGGAAAUCCCUGGACAAGAUGAGAUGUCUGAGGAAGCGCUCCACUAUUCCCUUCCUCGGCUUCCUCAUCACCUUCCUCCUCUUCCUGAACCUCUACAUUGAAGAUGGCUACGUGCUGGAAGGGGAUAAAAGGCAGCUUAGGGAAACAUCAGUCCACCCUUCAAGCUCAGAACGAUACGUCCACACCUUCAGAGACCUGAGUAAUUUCUCUGGAACCAUUAACGUCACAUAUCGCUAUCUCGCUGGUACCCCACUGAACCGCAAGAAGUAUCUCACCAUCGGGCUCUCAUCUGUCAAAAGAAAAAGAGGAAACUACCUCCUGGAGACGAUCAAAUCCAUAUUUGAUCAGUCCAGUUACGAGGAACUGAAAGAGAUUGUGGUUGUCGUCCAUCUGGCGGACUUCGACCUGGUCUGGUGUGAGAACCUGGUGCAGGAAAUCACCAGGAAGUUUGCACACCACAUCAUAGCUGGACGUCUCUUAGUAAUCCAAGCUCCAGAGGAGUACUAUCCGUCUCUGGACGGAUUGAAAAGGAACUACAACGACCCAGAGGACAGGGUCCGUUUCCGCUCCAAGCAGAACGUGGACUACGCUUUCCUGCUCAACUUCUGCACAAACCUCUCCGACUUCUACAUGAUGCUAGAGGACGAUGUGCGCUGCUCCAGGAACUUCCUGACGGCACUGAAGAAGGUGAUCACCUCCAGAGAAGGUUCCUACUGGGUGAUGUUGGAAUUCUCAAAGCUGGGCUACAUCGGGAAGCUGUAUCACUCCAGAGACCUGCCGCGCUUGGCUCAUUUCCUGCUCAUGUUCUACCAGGAAAUGCCCUGUGACUGGCUCCUCAUCCACUUCAGAGGCCUGCUGGCACAGAAGGACGUGAUCCGCUUCAAGCCUUCACUGUUCCAGCACAUGGGCUACUACUCCUCUUAUAAAGGUGCCGAGAACAAGCUGAAGGACGAUGACUUUGAGGAAGACUCCAUAGACAUUCCCGACAACCCCCCUGCCAGCCUUUACACAAACAUCAAUGUCUUUGAAAACUAUGACGCCACCAAGGCUUACAGCACAGUGGACGAAUACUUUUGGGGAAAACCUCCCUCCACUGGAGAUUUCUUUAUUGUAGUCUUUAACAAAUCUACCAAAAUUAGUAAAAUUAAGAUUGUUACUGGGUCUGACGACCGGCAGAAUGACAUUCUUCAUCACGGAGCUCUGGAAGUAGGAGAGAAAUUAGUUGGGACUAAAAAAGGGAAACAGUGUUCCUCUUAUAUCACAUUAGGAGAGUUUAAAAAUGGCAACAUUGAGGUCCAUGACGUAGACCACAAAAUAGCCUUUGACAUUGAGUGUGUACGCAUUGUGGUCACAGGCAGCCAGAAAGAAUGGCUCAUUAUCAGAAGUAUAAGUUUAUGGACUACGCAACCCCCCAGCCAAUGAUGACUAUACACAGAGACUUUUAAUAUGUCAUAAAGGCAAAGGUUUUUAUUAUUAUUUAGUAAUGUAUGUAUUUCCAGAUUUAUUUAUUCAUUUUAUAUGUAUUUAUUGAUACUCGUUUUGAUUGCCAAAUCAAUCUAUAGUUUUUUACCUGCAAGUUGUACCCUUAGUGGAGCAUCUUCACAGUCAUUCUCAAGGACUGUUCAGCUGACCUCAAAGUGUUCAUUAACACAUGUUGAAGUGUUACAGGAGUUUAUCCAUUUCAGCUUUUGAUAGCGAUCCUUAAUACACGGCUGGGUGAUAAUUCAGUGUUAUUGUUUAGCAGCUUUAAGUAAUAUCAUGUCAUGAUGUUCUGAUUGUUGGGUUUUUGUUUUGUUUUUUGACUAUUCUCCUGCCCAAAGGAAAAUAUAGUUUACAAUUUCAGUAUUUUGUUUCUGUAACAAAAUCCCAUGAAAAGACUGAAGCAUACUGAUUUGUACUCAAUUUCCAGUCUGAUAUGCAGCAUGUUGUUUCUCAGUGUCAUUAAGCUCAGUUAUCCCAAAUAUCAUUUUACCCUGUUUCUGCUCUUACAUGGUUGCCAAAGCACUAAAUACAAAAUAAUGUGUCUUUUGCUUACAGCGCCCAGCAGUAACAGCAAUGGAGAUCAGGCAUAUUUUUUAAAAAAUUUGGAAAGUGUUGAGAGACCGAGCAGAGUUUUGGUGUUGGCUUUUUUUUUCAUGGGAUUUGUUGACAAUAACAAAGAUGUGGGGAAAUUCAGCUGAAAGUGUAGUCAUUAAGAGUUUUGCUUCAUACAUUCACACAUUUAAUAUGCUCAAAAUGAUAACUGUGAAGGACAAGCACCACAUUGAACACCGUCAAGGUCAUAAAUGCAUGAUUAUGCGUCCAUUUGGUGUACAGUAUCAUUCAUAUUUAAUAAUUGUCAGUGUCAGAAACUGUUGAGCUGAUACUACGCUCAGUCAUCACACCCACUCACCCAUUAGUAAUUAAAAUAACUAUAUAUUAUUUAGGAAUGUUUUUGAAAGCUUUUCAGGAAGGCACUUCAUGUAAAUGAUGAACACAAAUUUUAUUUGUAGGACAGUGUACUACUGAUUUGCUGCAGUUUUUGUUUCGGAGUAUUAUGAAGUGCUAAUUUAUAAUUGAAGGACUUAUUAUUAAGUGUAACAUUGUAUUCUUUAAACAACCACCUUAUUGAAAAUCCUGUGGGGUUUUUUUGUUGUUUGUUUCUUUGGGGUUUUUUUGGGGGGGGGUGUUAUUAUGACAGACAGUGAACUGGCAAAAGUGUAGCGCUUGGAUUUCUCUCUGAGGAUGUCCCCUCUUGACCCUUAAUCAUUUUCCACCUCGAAAUCUCAUCAGGAAGUGUCAGAGGUCAUUGUUGCCUUGAAUAUUCAUCAAGUAACACCAGAUUUCUCUGCUUUAAAUAUUCUUUCCUGUUUAAUUGUCUUCUUAGUUACGGGUAAGGCAGAUGUGUGACUGAGUUGAGCUCUUUUUCAAACACUGUAUAUCCUGUCAGCGCUGCUGACGGGAGAGCACUGUUUGUGUUCGCCCAUCUUCUCCAAGAGCUGAGAUUAGAUUGCACAGUGAGAAAUGGGCCAGGCCUGCUCAGACGACUCUUUCUUCUUUUUUUUCUUUCUUUUUUAGCAACACAGUUUUCCUCCUAGUAAAUUGGUCUGUGUUUGCCUCACUCUCUACACCAGCAAAACAACAUCUUCCCUGGAGCUAUAAGAUCUCAAUUCGUUCUUUCCCCAGUGCUGGGCUCUCACUCCUUCACUGUUUCUGCUCUUACAUGGUUGCUUCUCCGUGAUCUUUGAUCUCUGUUCAUACAGUCUCUUUUGGGGGAACUUGCUUGAGUUUCCCCUGAAGAUGCUUUUGGGCUCCCCCUCAUUGCUCAAUAUUGUUAAACAGCUAUUCUUCUAAGAAUUAACUGGACACAUGGCAUGUUAACUUAUCAUUGCCAUGAUACCUAAAGCAGUUCAGUACCAUGCUUUAAAAGUAACCUUGUCCUGUAAUUAGAAUCUGCUAUAUGUCACAUUAGUUUCUAAAUUGAAGUGGUGGCAAGAAAUGUUUACACUGUACCGAUGUUCUUUAGGAACAUGCAGCGCACGCAGGUCAUCAUUAAGCAUGCUGGAACAGUUUUGUAAAGCUUUGUUCCGCUUGUGUGAUAGCCACCUGUUUCGUGUUUUCCCUCAAGGUCUUGUUCAGUGUUACAGAUCGAGACCUUUCACAGAUUGGCUUGUACUGCAAUCUUGAAAUUCUCCCUGAGCAAAUCCCCCAUGUACUAUCUGAAAUGAAAUUAGAAUGCCCACCACCUUACAAUACGGCUUAUUGUUUUUCCUCAACAUUUCCCUGAGAAAACCACUAUUCAUUUUAGUAAAUGAUUCCAGGACCUGCAUGGAUCAGCUCCUUGGAGGGGAUGUUGUUUGAAUGGAUGAUGCUUGGAAGCACAAUUUACAUUGUGCUGUGUGUGUGUGUGUGUGUGUGUGUGUGUGUGUGUGUGUGUGUGUGUGUGUGUGUGUGUGUGUGUGUGUGUGUGUGGCAUUCUUCGUGACACACAUCGCGGUGCCAAUUCAACCCAGUGUUACCUGCGUAUUACCUGCCUAUGAGCUAUAAACACAUGAUGUUACCACAGGGCAGUUAGCUGUUGUACAAGUGUAAUGGAUAGCUUUAAUAAGCCUCAUCUCCAAGCGGUUCAACCAUGUUGUGAAGGUGAUAUUUCUGGAGGAGAAAUUGCUGUCUGAUCUUUAUAUGAAAUAAGAUGUCAGCUAAAAGUAGCUGCACACUGCAGAAUUAUGGACAGAUUUACAUCUUGAGGAUCAACAAAGCCUGAAUAAAUUCCUCAAAAGAAUAUCAGCAAACUGCUGUGCAGAGCAUUCUUUGCUAUUGGCAAUAUGUUUGGAAACCUCAGUUCAUACUAGGGCCUUGGGUGAACGGCGUGAAAAGGAUCCAUUAUACAUUUGUCUUCAUACUUAAAGACUGCCCUGUAAUUUUCUUAAGGUUGCAAUUGUCUAAAAUCAAAGAGUAACUGCAUCAAACCUCGCCGGACCUGUGAGGGAAAAAAGCAGAACUUUAUGAUUCACCUGCAGGAAACUAACUAUCUAAGUUGUUCAGUUAUAUUGGCUUUGAAGGUCUAGUCCCCAAAGCUCUGAGCAAAUGAUGAAUGUGAACGUGAUGUGUGGGAGUUAUUUGAAAUGUGAGCUGUCUUCCAGUGGAGCAUGUACAAAGUGCAUGAACAAAAGCAUUUUCAGUGGAUAAAACAACUCCUUUUGUAUGUAAGGAUCUAUGAAUUAUUGUUCAGCUUCUGCUAAUGAAAUUGUUCUGAGUCUGUACGUAGAAGCCUACCAUUCACCAAGUUUGGAGUUGACAUGCUGUAUAUUGUUAAGUGGAGCGGGUGUGUUAAGAUGUUGUUUCUGUGUCUGUUUUACUUUCCAUCGUUCUCUAAUUGGUACUGUAUUGUAAGAUGACAUAUAUUUUUUUAUGCAUAUCAUUUCAAAUGUUGUAUUGUAAAUGCUGUAUUUAAAAAUAAGUUAGAUUAAACAAAUGAAUGCUUA